UUUUUUUCAAGAUGGCCUAUCGAUGGGAAGACGACGACGCCACCGCCGCGAUUGUGGCCAGCCUGCAGUCCACCGCUACCGUCGAGACGCGUGUGCUCCUAAAGCCUAUAUUCAGAUGGGCCAAGCGUGAGCCAGAGAAAGCAUACGAGUACGUCCUGUGGCUGUUGCAGCUGUACACGCAUGGCGACGCCGACCGGCACAUCGAAGUCCAGCGGACGCUUCAAGCCGACUAUGCCAUCAACACGCUCAUCACUGCGAGUCAGCGAUGUGGCAAGUCGAUGGAGGCCGAGCGCGCGUUCAACUUUCUUCGCACACACAACUUUGUGCCCGAUGUGUUUGCGUACACAGCGCUCAUCGACGUCCUUGGUCGCGGCGGUCAAGCCGAGAUGGCGCUCCAGCGGUAUGAUGAAAUGCUGCGAACGCCUGUGGAGCCAAACAUUGUGACCUUUACGACAGUUCUCCGCGUCCUAGCCAUGAGCAAAACAGUCGAUGCCACCUUUGCAACGAGUGUGCUGGAUCGGGCCAAGCAGCAGGACGCGUGCGAUCCUUCCUUGUUCAUGGAAGCCUUGGACAUGUGCGCCAAGCGGGGCAACCUGGCGCUGGCCACCGACAUCUUGCGCCGCCGCCGCCACAACCUCGAAAAUGGAACGCUGUCGGAUCUUCUCGUCGAGCGCGCCGUGCACUCGCUCAGCCGCGCCAUGCGCAAGUUAGGAUCGUUCGACAUCGUCCAGGACUGGCUUGACGAAGGUUUGAUCCAUGAAGGCGACAAGGACGCGCUGACAUUUGGCUCUGCCAACAACGGAAUUCAGGAUAAAGCGGCGGUGGGCUGCUUGGGCUAUGAGACGCCGGCGUCGGUGCGGCAGGCCGUGAUCCAGCAAGAUAUUUUCAAGUUGAUGGAGCGGUCGAUUCGUGGCGUGCUGCCCACACGGAUGGAUUUUGAAACGCUGAUACAUCAAUGCCGCAAGCGCAAAUGGAAACACGAAAUCGACGCCGUAUUUGUGGCCAUGCACACGUUAGGAACUGUCGGGUGGACGUCCAAGUCGCAGGAACCAUCGACCUUGAAACUGCCGCCCCAGCCCAACGUCCUGCCCACGGCGUCCACAUAUUUGGCCCUCAUCGAUGCGUUCAUUUGCUGCAACGCCCCAUCCCUCGCAUGGAAGACGUUUGUCGGCAUGGACGAUAUGCGCAUCCCGCGCACCCAAGCCAUCGUGCGCAAGUACAUUCGCGGCGCGUACCUGACCAUCAAGGACGACUUGACGACGGCCGAUCCGCAGCUGUGGCACAUGUGUGACGUGGUUCGGCUGGCGUUGCGGGAUGCGAUUCCCAUCACCCAACGUAUGGCCAUGUACAUUCUCCGGAUGUACGGGAACGACGAGGUGGCGGGUCUGACAAUCGUGAGAGGAAUGCUACGAGGACAUGAUGAUGAUUCGACGACCAAGCGCCAGCUCACGCGGCGCAUGCUGUUUGACGAACUCGUCCAAGCGUGUGUGUAUGCAUUCAACGCCCGCGGCGCCAUCGUUGUCUGGGAAGCCUUCCAAGCAGCUGUCGAACACCAGGAGGAUGCUUGUAAUAUUGGAGAAAUCGCUAAAGCCAACGGGCACGACGAGACUCGGGAGGAUGUGACACGACAUACAACAACGACGGCGACCAUGGAACGGGUGCUGCUGCUAUCUUGUCUUCACGAGCCAGUCCUAGACGACGCCCUGCGUGCACUGCAUGCUCACCAAGCCGCCCGCCGGCUGCUGCCCCUGCUGACUUACGAGUCUAUUCUCCGUGAAUUUUUCACUAAGUUCACGUCCAACCAGCUACUUAUGAACGCCAGCGGCGUGGCUAAAUCGGUCAAAGUUUUGUAUGAGCGACGGGCGCUAUUUGAAGCCAUCGAAGAUCACGCGUCGGCGUUGCGCAUGACAAAUACAUGGACGGAUGCCAUGAAUAGACCCGAGAUCGACGGCUUGCAGUGGUGUGUGGCCCAAGUGUCGUCCGUCGCGCCGCUGCUCCUGGCCCAGCAUGUCCACGAACGCUUCACGGUGGUCCGCGACAAGGCCGGCAAGGUCGCCGCCGAAGCUGCCGCCAGGUCGGCACUCAACUUGUCGCCCGAUCCGCUCCUGCUGGUGCUGCAUGUAUUGCUGGCGUUCCCCAAACUCGACAUCAGUUUCAGAGUGCAAGCCAAGUUUGCCAAGACACUGUUUUCAUUGGUGCCGCGGGAAGCCGCCACGCCGUCGCCGCACCAUCAGGCGCAAUGCAUCAUGCAUCUGGAUGACAUGUCCAUGUACCUCAUGCAAGAACUCAACGUCGUGUUCGACUUGGUCGGCAUCGACAUCUCCCGCGUGGCCGCAUUUUGUGCGCGCACAAUCGUACUCGACCACCAUCCAGAGAAAACUCUCAACUUUAUCAUCGCGCGGCCGGCGUUCUUCGAGCCCGAGAUCGCCGCGUUGCUUGUGCCAGCGUUGGCCGAGCUGUACGCGCAAGGCGUGACGUUGGUGCUGCGGUAUAUUCGGGCGAGUUUGACCGAUGCACGUGUCGCCGCGGUGGUGCCGGUGCAUUUCACCAGGUUCAAAUGUCUCUAUAGGAUGAUUUCGAAUUAUGACUUGUGUGUAGACUCGUGGAACAGUGGACGGACGAGUACCCGGCAGCGGACAUGCACACCCUAAUCAACGAGUUUGGUCUGCAGGCCGAGUUUGCGCACCACGUCGUGGCUGCCGCCGCGCUCUCCCGCCGGUCCUCCGUCCGGCCGCGUGUUGUUGUGCAUGAUCCGUCGGUUGUCUACUAUUCCCUUCCCAUCGAUCGCGACCGGGUGAUAUUUGUCGACUCGGACGCGGCCGUCGAAGCCGCGCACGCGAUCCUCCUCCAGAGUCCCGUGGUAGCAUGGGACGUCGAGUGGCGGCCAGACCAGAUGCCCGUCAAAUCCAAGUGCUCGAUCAUCCAACUCGCCUGUGCGUCGCACGUGUUUAUAUGCGACGUGGUGAACCAUUGGACAGACGCGAUGCAUGCGCUGGUCGAAGCGGUCGUGACAGCGAGCGUGCCGUGGAAGGUCGGGUUUGGACUUGUGGGGGAUGUCCAUCGCCUCCGGUACUCGUUCCCCGACAUGAGCUGCUUUGAAAGCCUCGACGACUGGGAAAAUGUCGUCGAUAUUCAAACGUACUUGAAAUCCACAUGUACAAAGAACCAGCAGCGCGGGACCGUCGGGUUGAGCAAGUGCUGCCAAGAUAUCCUCGGGUUUCCCCUGGACAAAUCCCAACAAAUCAGCGACUGGGAAGCUCGACCGUUGACCGAAGCCCAACUGGUGUAUGCUGCCAGCGACGCGUACUGCCUCCUUGACCUCGUUCGUGAGCUCAACCCUCCUGAAAUGCGCUCCAUGUACAUGUAGAUGAAUAUCCAUGUACUAUAGUUUCGUGAGCACGAUAUGUAUGGGUAACUUGGCGAAUACGACAAUUCUAUCCGACA